AUUUGUUUGAAAGUGAAGCUGUUGAAUUCGUAGUGCAAGUAACGUAAAAAGUGCGGGAAAGUAAAGCCAAUCAGGAGUUAUGGAUCAAUAUUACUCCGACAGCGAGCCGGAGGAGGAUCAGGAGGUCACGGAGCAGCAGCGCCUCACGGUGGUAGAUCUUGUACGCCAUAUGAUGCUAAUCACGGAGCAAAGCCCGGAAAAUGGGCCGGAAAUGCUGCAGCAGCUCAUGUGCUUGCUGAGACCAUUUUUUCCGGGCAUGCCAAGGGGCAUGCCGAGGGAUCCGCUUAGCGCGUUGAAGGGACUCACCGAGUCUUGGGACAUCGUGUAUACCGUAAUGGGAGAUGGCGUUUACUGGCAUCGGGGUUUAGAAGCUGGAAUACGCGCUAAUAUGGCCAACGACACCACAAAGGUGAUGUUUGACAUCCAUAUCAGUGCGACUCCCCUGCCCCAGAGGACAAAUCCCUCAUUGGUGACUUGGACGAUCCUAGGAAGAUUACACGAGGGCACAAAACCACCCGGCGACCCUUUCGCCGUUGGUGUGUUUUGUGGCAAUUCUGUGCCAUCAUUUGUGGACUUCUUGCACCAGGUCUGCGAAGAGGCGCAACACCUAUGUAAUAGGUAUAACGAGCAGCACAUACUGCUGACCAUCAAACCCCGAGUGGUAAUGGCUGACGCUACCGCACGGGCGUAUAUAAAAGGAACAAUACCGGAGUGUGACCUUUACGGCUGCAUAAAGUGCUGCAUUAAAGGAGAAUUCCUUCAAGAAUAUAACCUAACUUCGUUCUUCAACGGGACCACACCAACACCGCCACGGACACAUGAUUUUUUCAUCCGUGGACACUACGACGCCACGCAUCGGGUUUCGCAGCAACCCAUGACGCCUUUGGCGAGGUUGCCCAUCGAUGUGAUAAGGGAUGUCAUUGUAGGUGAUAAUAGACAUCUGUUGCACAUAGGUAUUGCCAAAACCUUGUUCUUUGGCUAUGCCGAGGGGUAUGGUAGAUUGAAUGCUAUGGAGGCACACCUUAUACCAUCUUUGGAGAACGCGUUGUUUAACGUCCGGUUUCCACAUGAAAGGAAACCGCGGCAGUUUGGACAGUAUGUUUCCUUUUGGUCGCACACCAUGUGGGGCCAUUUUUUAGAUAUCGUGGGGAUAAUUGUGCUGAAACCUCUUAUAAGGCCUGAGUAUUACGAAAACUAUUCUAAAUUGCAUUGGGCCGUUGCCCUGUGCAGUCACAAGAGAUACACUCGUUUUUUACCAUAUGCAAGGGUGUUGCUUGAAGAUUUUGUCACAGAGCAAGAGAACAUGGUCGGUCACCUUACCUCUACGUUUCACUACCUCCUCCACCUAGUGGAUGAGGUAGAACGCUUUGGGCCAUUGGCUCUGCAAUCGACAUACCCUUUCGAGGAAGAACUUGGGGUUCUUAAGCACAAAGUUGACCUCGAAAGGGCCGCUCAUCCGGUGCAGCAGAUCGCUCGGGCCCUGCUACUCCGUGAAGCAGCGCAACGUUGUCACCAGUUUGCCGACCCAGUCCUAUUUCCUAUUGUUUCCAACAGAGGCCUUAGGGUCGAAAUCAGGAAGAAUUUCCUUCUGAGGGACAUUAGCGCAGAAGGAAAUGACCUUAAUUCUUGGUUUUUGGUGCCAGGCCCUUUCAAUGACGGACAAGUGGUUCUCUUUGAUGGUGCGACAAAAGACCCCUUUGCUGUUUUUGGGUAUCCCCUUAGUCAGCAAAGGGCGCUUCAUGUCCACCCUGUGCAGGUACCUAUUGGGUUGAACACUUACGAUACUUAUGACAAAACGAAUUUGCAGGCCAGAGAAAAGUUUCAAUUGAAAGAUAUGAUUUGCAAACUGUGCCUAAUUCCGGUGGGCAUUUCUGGAGCAGCGUUUGUGCCGCUUACCGAAUCCUUUGCUGAGGAACCUUGAACAAUGUUGUCUUCGUUGGCCGUGUUGUGGGUUUUUAAAGUAACCUUUAGAUUUAAGUUAGGUAAGGUUAGGAUUAGUGGAGACAGGGCAGAUUAGUUAGUUCGAAGAAUAGAACAAAUAGAAAAUAGAAUUUCAAUAUUUGUUGAAAUACAAUAUAAUAAUGUAUUA